AUGCAGUGUUCUGUGCAAUGGACAGUUUGCAGUGCAGUGUUCUGUACAGGUUUCAGUGUGCAGAAUGCACUGCAGUGUGCAGUGCAGCCCAGCCCUGACCCCAGCCCUCCCACCCCUGACCCCAGCCCUCCCACCCCUGACCCCAGCCCUCCCACCCCUGACCCCAGCCCUGACCCCAGCCCUGACUCCAGCCCUCCCACCCCUGACCCCAGCCCUGACCCCACCCCUGACCCCAGCCCUGACCCCAGCCCUCCCAACUCUGACCCCAGCCCUGACCCCAGCCCUCCCAACCCUGACCCCAGCCCUGACCUCAGCCCUCCCAACCCUGACCCCAGCCCUCCCAACCCUGACCCCAACCCUGACCACAGCCCUGACCCCAGCCCUGACUCCAGCCCUCCCACCCCUGACCCCAGCCCUGAACCCAGCCCUCCCUCUGACCCCAGCCCUCCCAGCCCUGACCCCAGCCCUCCCAGCCUAGCCCUGACCCCAGCCCUCCCUGACCCCAGCCCUGACCCCAGCCCUCCCACCCCUGACCCCAGCCCUGACCCCACCCCUGACCCCAGCCCUGACCCCAGCCCUCCCAACUCUGACCCCAGCCCUCCCAACCCUGACCCCAGCCCUGACCUCAGCCCUCCCAACCCUGACCCCAGCCCUCCCAGCCCUGACCCUAACCCUGACCCCAGCCCUGACCCCAGCCCUCCCAACCCUGACCCCAGCUCUGACCUCAGCCCUCCCAACCCUGACCCCAGCCCUCCCAACCCUGACCCCAGCCCUCCCAACCCUGACCCCAACCCUGAACCCCAGCCCUCCCAACCCUGUCCCCAGCCCUGUCCCCAGCCCUCCCUGACCCCAGCCCUGUCCAUGGAGACGGUCCCAGCACUGCCUGUGGAAGGUGCCCCACCCCUGUGCCCACCGCUCCCAGUCCUGUCCUCCCUUCCCUUGUCCCCAGCCCAGACUACUGCCACACCCAUGCAGGAUGCUCCAUCCCUCAUACCUCUGUCCCCUGCCAUGCUGCUGGAGCAGGAGCUACCGAGACCUUCCAGGAAUGUGAAGAACAAAUGGCCUCUCUGA